AUGUUUCUUCCCAAAGAAUAUGUCGAACCCGAUCUCGAAACCCAGAAGCAACUGAUUCGUGAUUUCCCGCUUGGCACCGUUGUGACAGCUGGCGGACCCAACGGCCUCAAUGCCAAUCAUUUCCCCUUUGUUAUUCGCGAAGAUCCUGAAAAGCCUGAUACUUUUUUUUUAAUUGGUCAUUUCCACAAGGAAAACCCCGCGGCCAAAGACCUGCAGGCCGCAGCAGAUAGCGGUGAUGAGAUUUUGAUAGUGUUUCAAGGAUACAACCGGUACUGCACCCCAUCUUGGUACCCCACAAAGGCAGAGUCACACAAGGUUGCGCCUACUUGGUUGUACUCUGCAGUGCAUGUUUACGGCAAACCCAAACUUGUGAAUUUCAAGGAGGACAAUGCAACUCUUCACGGAAUUUUGAAGCAGCAGGCUUCAACCUACGAGGAAAGCCGACCUAAGCCCUGGGAUGUUGAUGAGGCUCCUGAGGGGUACCUAAACAUUCUCAAAAAUAUGAUUUUUGGCCUUAUCAUUGAGGUUACCCGCACCGAAGGCAAGUGGAAACUUAACCAAAAGCAGAAAAAGGUCGACGUCCAAGGUACUGCUGAUGGGCUCCAGGAAGAGGCCCAAGAGCGGCCUGCUAGCGGUAAGAUGGCUGAGGAUGUCCAUGAGUUCCAUGAGAAGUAUCUUCAGCGGCUUAAAUAUUGA